AUGCACCUACCAGUCAAAGAGAAGCUGGAAAUGCCAGUAGCAACUCAGAAAACAGACACAGGACUUACACCAGGCCUUCUAAAGAGCCUUCAUCAACAGUUUGCACCUAAAGAAAUCAUUACAAAAGGAGAGCUUCUUCAGAAGUGGAAAGGCCUGUGCUUGCCUAUGGAACAGCUCGACACAAUCCUUACUCUUAGCAUCUUCAGUGAAAAUCUCAAUUGGAUGCAGUUUUUUGCUUUAUGAUGCAGCACUUUGGUUGGGACCAUCACAAGUGCUUUGAAACAUGCUUGUGAAAUACUCACAGAGGACCCUGAGGGUGGUGCAGCCCAGAUUCCUUUCGACACAUUUCAGUCUCUCACAUACUUGACCCAUCUGGAUGGAGAAAUUCCUAAAGAACAGAUCAACAGCUUCUUGCAUAGUUUAGAGCAAGAAUGCCAAGGAGGAAUGGUGCAACCUUCAAAUUUUACAAGCCUCCACAGUGCUGAGUAAAAUCCAGUACAAAUAGUCCUCAGGUGGUGAUAUCUCAACAUGCUUCAAAACUAUUGAUCCUUGUUACUUGUUAUUGUGUUUGCCCUCUUCAUACUUAUAUUGUGAUAUGAUUUGAUUAUUUAACCCAAUAAACCCAAUAAAUCCUUGAAUCUCAAAUCUAGGCUGCCUGGAAUAAUGUUGUGAAAGUGAAAGACCAAACAAGGCUUAUGGAAUAUUAGGUGCUUAUGUGAGCCUAAUGAACUUUCAGUUCUGAUUGCGAUUACAGAAGUUCCAUUGAUACUAUAGGUUGGGGUUUUUCAAAAUCAUAUUACCUCACUUACCAUCGUGGUUUUCUGUUUGAAAGAAAUCGUAUUCUGUAUGUACUUCUAACACUCACACAUAUUAUUUUUAUAUUGGAAACGAUGACAUGAACCAGAUCACAUUUUUGUCCUUGCAUUGUACCACACAUUUGUCUUGUGUUUCAGAGAAGCAGUGGCAAUGCAACAGGCAACAGUAGUUUGAUUAAUUGCCUUUUUGUGGAUGGAAAGAGGUUGUGUACCAAUUUGGAACCAAAAGGAGUAACCUUCACAGACCUGUUAAUGAAGGCUAUUCUCAACAUUUUGUCUGAAAUGAACUGAUUACCCAUCAGUCAGCAAGACCGGGACAGGUAAUAUCAAAGCUUGCCAGUCAAGGAUCUAUUCAGGUGCUUUUGGAUGAUUUAAAGAAGACACCAGAUGAACUUUAUUCAGCAUGAAGUUCUCUCUUCUUGAUCGGCUCGUGAGGAUUUAUUAACCUAAGCAGGCCAGAGUGCUGAGCUAAUGUAAUUGUCUAAGCCAAAGUAGCCAAGGAGCAGCAUGGCAUCUAUCAUUUCUAAUAAAGAUGAAAGUCGUUUCCCUUUUCGAUCUCUCACUUACAAUUCACUCCUAAUGAGGCCGAUUCUCACAAA